AGCAGUAAAUAGAGAAGCGUGUAAAUUAUUUAUUUUUAUUUUAUAUAUUUUAUAUGUGAAUAUUAUCACAGAAAAUGGAAGAACAUGAAGCAACGCCAACAAAAAUGAUGCGUCGUUUCGUCGAGUGCGUCGACGAGGGAGACAUGCGCAGAGAGCUGAGCGAGGGCUGCAUACUCAACAUAUUUGCGCGCUGCGUUAAAGGCGUCGCUGCCGUCAGCGGUUUUAUGCGCACGCAGCUAACGGGACGUUACAAGCAUCUGGACUUUAAAAAUGCCAAUUUGUGUGAUGCAUCACAGGAGUUAAUUCUGAAUAAUCGUUAUGAACGCAGCUUUCAAGUGCUGCGGCGUCGUCUGAACGCUAAACGUAGCCCUGGACUGGAAGACGUUGCACCAGGGCUGCAUCAACGCGCCGAGAGUGACGACGAUGCUGAUAGCGCGGCAAAGGUGACAGAUUUAAAACAGUUGGCAACACCUACAAAGUUGUCAGCGGAAUCGAUAAAGCUGCAAUAUAUUGAAUCAAUUGGCGUGCUUGAGGCACAUGAGCACAGCGUUGAUGAUGAUGGCGGCAUCUCGUUUGAAUCGCCAUGCAAAGUAAAGCUGACAUUGGGUUAUCACAGGAUUGGCGAUUCGCUUAUGCCCGAUAUAUGUCUAGUCAUCUAUGAGAAGUUUUCCAGCCGAACACGAGCACGAACUUGGCGCAGUCUUCGGCAAGUGCAUACCGAUGAUGAGGAGGCUGGCGAGGUGGAGGGGGAAAGAGAGCGGGAGAGCGGAGAGCCCGCAACGCGCUCUGUGCGUCGUGCGCUCUUUUCCAGUGGCGCCGACUGCGAGGAAUCGGAUGACUCCAUUGGCUGUGUCAAUCAGUCUGCCAGUGUUGACAAUACUCCCACUCCCGUUCCCAUUUCCACUCCCAAUUCCAAGCCAGGGCUGACACCGCGCAAGCGCCUGCAUAAAAAGGAUCCACAUAAAAACUCUAAACGCAGCAUGCGUUUUUAAUCGAUUAUCAAACGAAUUUUCAAAUUCAAUAGCUAAAUUUUUGCAUUAAUAUCAUUGUAAUUAUACCAUCUUAUUGUACAAAACAUACAAAUUGUACAUACACACAUAUGGAUGUGUUAUAGAAGACUGAUGUACUUAUGGGAUAGUUCCCAGUUGUAAUGUUUAUAUGCGAUUUACAUAUACAUACACAAAAUAACACUGUUUUUACAUAUUUCAAUAUCAA